AUGGCCACCACACUCGGAGGCUCCCCCACGAGGCUCUCCUUCUCCUCUUCCAGUGUUCUCCACACCCUCUCUCACAAGAUUCCCUUCCCUGUUGUCCUCCUCCAGCGACCCUUUUCCUCGCCAGCCUCCUCGGUUUCGAGGGCGAUCAGACUCCCCAAUAGUCGUUUGUCUGGAGAUCCUGGACUGCGUAGGAGCUUCUUCGUCCGGUCUGGUCUCCAGAGUGGGCCAGAGGAGACCGCUUCCCAGACUUACGACUUCGACCUCUUCACAAUUGGUGCCGGAAGCGGAGGGGUCCGGGCAUCGCGUUUUGCUGCGAAUUAUGGCGCCUCAGUUGCCGUCUGCGAACUUCCUUUCUCUACAAUCUCUUCUGAGACUGCCGGAGGCGUAGGAGGAACGUAUGCCAUUAUACUCUCAUCUCAUUUUUCUUUGAAUUGGCCAUGUAUGUAUUCUCUAAAUUUUUUACGAGAACCCAGGCCUCCCGAUUUUUUAGGCAGUUCGGUUUCUUAUUUACUAUAAUUAAAAGACAAGUUGCAGAGUAAUGGCAUGAAACGUAAUGUUCGACCUAGUUGACUGCAGGUUUAGUGAAUAGUGCUUUGGUGAUGUAGAUUAUCAUAAUCUUCUUUGUUAGUAAUUUUCUGACCUGCAUGACGGUCGGUUACUUUGUGCUCCAUGUUUCCAGUUGAUAUAUCCUUUGUAAUAAGAAGUGCACAUUAUUUUGCUCUACUUGACGACAUAUGGUAAGGAGCGAACGAACGAAGUUUAGUCCGGAAACUUUUCCAAAACUUAAAAAAUACUUAUGCCCUCCUUCCCUUUGACCACAAGAACCUAGAUUCUCUAUUCUAAGCUCUGGUCAAACUCAUGCAGGUAUUUUGUGGGAUAUUGUCACCAUUCGUAUCCCAGUCAGUCAUUUAGUCAUCCUGAAUAUCAGUUCCAUGACCUCUGAUUUGGAGUAAUUGAUUUCUGGAUGUGUCAUAAUCCCGAUGACUAUUAGGUUUUUUAACUUGGUAAAUAUUUUCUCAUCAUCUUCAUUAAGGUCUCGUGCAGAUGGGUGUCUCGAUCUACUUCCAAUAAAGGAGGAAGUACAUAACAUAAAAUGUGUAAAUGGCCUUUUUCUGCCUUUUAGAGUUUGUCCUUUGUUGUCACUUCUAAUAUGGUAAUAGUUCUCCUGCUAUAUCUAUCAGUGAUAUGGAUCAGUUAUUUCGGGAAAUCAAUCGUCAUGCCCCGUAGUCAGAACUUCUCAUCAACCUUUUGUACUUAAAUAGAUCAAGAAUUCGAGUUCCUGAUUCUCCUAAUAUGUCACUAAUAAAUAUAACGAAAUAUAUUGAUCGACUGCAAAUCUACCUUGUCCUCAUUUAUGACUAGUAUGAAUUACUGGAAGAGACAAUCCAACAUCAUUAAAAGGACCCUAUCUAGCUAGUGAUAAAUAAAUAAAUAAACUUACUAAAAGGCUCCCCUUAUUUCUGCAAUUGGUGUCCAUCUAAAGAGAAUAGUAUGCAGAUGUAUAUUGUAUAUCAAAUGCAUCUUGAACUCCAUUUCCAUGUACCCUUGGUAACAGGCUGAUAGAAUCCGAAAAAUAAAGACUCUCAAGGAAGGAUGAAGCAAGGGGAUGCUUGAAAUUAAACCAAUACUUUAUUCAAAGAAUGAAUAUCCAAACAAUUCAAGGACAAUUAGAGAAAUACAAGUUUUGAAAUAAUGGUUAAUCUUUGAUGUCUAAUUUUUGCAGAUCGGAUGCUUGAGGUGUUGAAUUUGCAUGAUUCAUCCGUUAGGUAAAUAUCAUAGACGGUUAGCUGGGGGGAGAGAGAGACAUAACAGGCCUUUUGCAGUUUUUAUCUUGCAAUCUUUCUUUGAGGAGCAUCAACUUAAGCUUUUUUAGAUGUGGGAAGUUGUGAUAUUUUGCUGACUGUUAUCAUGACUUUUUUUUUUACAUACAAAAGUAGCAUGCUCUGAGGAAACUCAUGAUACAUGGCCUGAAAAAAUGUCUGAUUAGUGACAAUAAUUUCUGAACCUCACAUCCUCAUUUAUAUUACGAUUGUAACAGUGUGCAGGGAAAGCUCUGGGGGUUUUACAUGAAAUUUCAUUGGAUGGUAGAUGAUGAAGCUUUUGUUUGUGUUUUGAAAAUUUUCUAGAGAUAUCGGUUUAAGGGGAAUUAAUUUACUGCUCAGUUUUUUCACUAUUGAAGGUUAUGUGUUAUAUGUUAUUUGGCUGCUCCUUGGAAUUAGUGCAUUGUGCCUGCUAUAGUCCUUGGUUAUGUUCAGCAAACACAGUUAGCCUCACUUACCAUUGUAUAUGAUGUUUGCAUACUUGUUCGUUUUGCUGUUUUAACUUCCCCGAUUUUAGGAUAGUACAAACUUGCAAUAAUCACUUUCCUCCAGUUUCCCUAAGAACAAGCUUGCAAUACGCACACUUGCUGUGUUGAUUUCUAUCUUACAAUGAUCAUUUUUUUCAUUCUAUUAUGUAGGCGAUUCCAGGCUAUUGAUGAUUGAAUGUUCUAAUUAUUCAUAUUUUCUUUUGUUAUGUAGUUGUGUACUUCGUGGCUGUGUUCCUAAGAAAUUACUUGUGUAUUCUUCGAAGUAUUCACAUGAUUUCGAUGAGAGUCGUGGCUUUGGAUGGAACCAUGAAGCUGAGCCCAAGCAUGACUGGAGCACUCUCAUGGCAAACAAAAAUGCCGAGUUACAGCGUCUAACAGGGAUUUACAAGAACAUCCUAAAAAAUGCUAAUGUAAAAUUGAUUGAAGGCCGUGGGAAGGUGAUGUGAAAUUUUCAACAUUUGUCUAUUUUUAAUCCAUAUUUUAUUUUGUCAUUUGUUUUGAAUUUUUGUUCUUUCAGAUUGUGGACCCACAUACUAUUGAUGUAGAUGGGAAGAUUUACUCUGCUAGACAUAUUCUCAUUGCUGUUGGUGGGCGGCCCUUUAUUCUUGACAUACCUGGGAAGGAGUAUGCCAUAGACUCAGAUAUUGCUCUAGAUUUGCCAUCUAAACCUGAGAAGAUUGCCAUAGUAGGAGGUGGGUACAUUGCUGUGGAAUUUGCUGGGAUUUUUAAUGGACUAAAAAGUGAUGUUCACAUGUUCAUUCGCCAACAGAAAGUACUCAGGGGCUUUGAUGAGGAGGUGAGUCACUCCUGAUAGUUUUGGUCGGCUUUGGAGCCAGCGACAGUUUCUUAGAUCUAUUUUUCUCAAAUUUCAGGUUAGAGAUUUUGUUACUGAGCAGAUGUCUUUAAGGGGAAUCGAAUUUCACAGUGAAGAAACUCCUCAAGCGAUCUUAAAAUCUGUUGAUGGUACACUGUCUCUGAAAACAAACAAGGGCACUUUUGAUGGUUUCUCCCAUGUCAUGUUUGCCACAGGGCGAAGACCGAACACAAAGGUUUGGAUUCACUUGAUGGUUCAGGAAUUAUCUACUUAAAUAUACAGUUCAUUUUUUUAAAGGGCGAUUUGAAGGAAUGAAACUUCCCAACUUUGACUUUACUGCAGAAUUUGGGACUAGAAGAGGUUGGCGUGAAGUUGUCAAAGAAUGGUGCUAUUGUGGUACAUGAAAGAUUUUCUGGCUUAGAGUUUACAUAGAUGUAUCUAAACUCGCAUACAUAUUAAACAUUAUUCCAUUUCAGGUUGAUGAAUAUUCUCAAACAUCUGUUGAUUCCAUCUGGGCUAUUGGAGAUGUUACUGAUAGAGUGAACCUGACGCCAGUUGCCCUCAUGGAAGGAGGUGCAUUUGCAAAAACUGUUUUUAACAGUGAACCAACAAAACCAGAUUACAGGUACACAUGGAUAGUUUUUUUGGAGAUCGUUUAAGGGACGAUUACCCAUUGAAAUGGAGAAACAUUUCUCAGAAAAUUAAACCUUUUUAUGGGUCAAAUAUCUUUGACUGAUUCAGUGAUAAAUUCAACGGAUUUGGGGAAAGCUUCCUGAAUUCGGCUCAUACUUGAAAAUAGUUACUAUUUUCAGAAACUUUUCGCGGGUUUUAAUAUUAUUUGCUACAACCAUGUGGAUUGUGCUACAUAAUAUCCAAAAAUUUCUUGUUUCUGUUGCGUUUUGUCCAUUUAGUGUUGAUUUUGCAGCGUUACUUUCGUAAUUUCACUCCCUGGAUGUCUAGUUUUUGCAUAUAACCUCCAAUGAUUCCGAUUUCCGAGUUACCCUUGUAGGAAAUGCAAUUGCCUUACAACCUUUAUAAGAUCAUUAAUUGUGGUAUUUACCUUUUCUGCAAGUUGACUCCUAAGCAUAAUGAUGUUUAAUCUGAAAUUCUCUUUUCUCUUGCCAGUCUGAGUCCAAAACUAGUUUUGUAGCCAUACACUUGAUGGCUAUCAUUUCUCUCUACAUUGAAGGGAAGCUUCUGGAGCAAAAAUAAUAUUUUUUUUCUCUUACAUAGAAUAAUGUUUUUGCUUAAAUCGAAAAUGCGGUUGGAAGUGAACAAACUUGGAGUAUUUCAAUGUGUGCAAUGACACUUAAUCUGAAGUUUUGUAGGUUCUUUUACUGUUGAAUGGUAUAGAUGACGCUAUUCCAUCUCUUGCUCCCUCUCUCUUCUUCUACUCAUGGGCUUAGUAUUCAUGCAAUCAUGAAACGCAUGGAGGGGAAUCUGUCUAGUCAAUUCUGGUGUUGAAUCACACGUUAACGGACGUUGAGCUUUUAGUUUGUGCUGAGAGAGAUGAGUAUUUAGUCCGCUAUGGUUGACUUGGCUGAUUGGGGCGCAGAGCUGCAGAAGCCUGAUUUUUUACUGAGGGAAGAAACUCGAUUGCCCCAUGAAAGUGAAAUUUGAAGACAAGAAUAAUCAUACCUACUGAUUUCACAUUCAUUGGGUGGUUUUGGCCUGGACAAUACCCCUCUGGGUCUUUUGUAGUUGGAGGAAGAAUUAAAGAGGGAAAAUAGUUGACGAAUCAGAGGGAAAAGAGGAAGGAGAAAUCCAGUGGAAACAGUGGUUAUGUUGUAGAGAAGAGAAGAGCAGGCGAAAAGACAAUUUAAAAGUGCUCUUUUGCCAGAGACUGAAAUAACUUUCCUCAUUAUGUUAAUUUAGACGUUGGGAAUUGAGUUGGGCUUAACCUACGUGAUCCCAUUUAGAACUGACUGAAACCCUAAGCCACCCAGCCGUCUCUGGUUUCAGAUUGAUGUUCGAAUUAUCCUGCGUUGUUUCACUUGGCCUUUGUCAUCUUUAUCUGGUAUGAAAGUUAUUUUUUUUCUUUAUUGAAAUGAUGAAACAGCUGCCGAUUUUUUUAUGUGAAAAAAAGUACUUGUAAGCACAUAGGUUUCAUCAUUUGAGAGAUGAAAAUUUGGAACUGUGAGUCAACUGUUGUUAAUGGGGUCAUCAACCCUAUGGGUUCCAGUUCUUGUAAUUACCCAAAAACAAUGGGCAACAAAAGGGGAUUUGAUACCUUGGAUCAGCGAGCCAUCACAAGGUAUGAUGGCACUACUAUCCUCUGAAAUAGAUUUCAGUCAAACUAGUGGUGGUACUGUUGUCUUCACCGUCUAAGUUCUCAGCAUUUGCUUAAAUGGAACACAGCAUGAGACAUUGAUAUUGGGAUAAAUUCUAGAAAAUGACCAAUAGCUAAGAAAGAAAAUGAUGUCGUCAAGAUAGGUGUAAAUGUAAUGAGAAUUGUUAUGCCAUAUGAAAACUUCUCUUAUUCAGUUGACUCCAGUAGAGAGAGAUGAUAAUUUUUCUAUCAGGCAAUCUGAGAGACAAUUCACUGCUUGAGAUGAUGUAAAGCUGAUGCAGCAGAAGUUACAGGAAAUAGAAAAUCCGGCCCUGAAUCUACAAGGACAAAUUUGAAUUGAAGAAAUCAGUUUCUGAAUCCACUAAAUUUGGAAACUUCAAUCCUUGAAUCUUCAAGGACUUGUUGGGGCGACCCAUGAAUCCACAAGGGAGGCACUUGAAUCAGAGAGAGAGGAACUUCAAAGAAGGAAAACUUUUAUUAACAAAGAGUGAGGGUUACAAUGUUGGGGGCCAUUAAAUAUGCCAAAAUUCUGUUUGGACGCCCCUAAAAGGUGGAUCGCUUAUAAUAGCACUUUAAAACAGAUUCAAAGUGCUGUGAAGCAAAUUCAAAAAUGCAUAAGAGGCCGAAAAAGUUGACAGCACUAGUCUCUGAUGCAUUUCUCAUGGAUUUUAUUGUAGGCCUAAUCUGAUUAUGGCCCAUCUCAUCCUUUUCGAUCAUCCUUCAAGCUUUCAGAAUGCCUAGCCCACCAAUUUUGCUCCACCUGGGCCGAAAACUUUUUGUCCUUCUCUUUCUUGGAAGUGAUGUCCUACAUCAAGACAUCCUGUAAAGAGCCACAAGGGCACCCCUUGUUUGGCUUGGUCGUUAUUUGUGUACUGAUUAGACAACAAGAGAAGGCCUGGAUGGAGGAAUAGAGAUAAAUAAGGAUUGAUGAAAUUGGAUACCUCGAUCAUGAUUUUAGUGUAAGGAAACUGUAAGAUCUGUCCAUUGACCCCUGUUGUUGGGAUCUACUUCAUAAUUAUAAGGAUAAUGGGAAUGAUUAUUAUAGAAUUUGGCAGAUGUUCUCAACUAUAGUGACGAUGAUAUUUAACUUUUCAGCAUGUCAAUCUGUUGUGAAGUUUCCAUCAUCGUGGUAAUUUCCACACUGAAAGGUCUUCUGAUUGAGUACAAAGGUUAUGAUUCUAUUCUUCAAUGAACUUGGGAGAGAUGUCUUCCCUCCCUGAAUAGAAGAGGAAUCUUCUGCCCAUCUCUGUAUACAGCACUCUCAAUUAAUCUAUUGCUCCAAUAAAACAAUUCGUAAUUUGAUCAAUCAUGGCAAUCACUAAUCAUGCUUAGGAUGUAGGUUAUGACAUGGAUGUGGUUGUCAUCAUCAUCAAUAUGUUCAUAGAAGUCACUCUGAGUCAGAUAAAUCAUAAUCUGCUGCAUCUAGUUGAUCAUCUUCCUUGUCGAUGUCAUUACCCUCUGUAAUGCUUGUAAGGCUCUGUGAGGUCGUCUAGACUUGAAAUGACGCUUAAAAUGAUAAUGAAAACACUCAACUUUUGAAGCAUCCUGUUGCCAGCAAGAUGUUGCGACCUCUUUUCAUUUAUUAGUUGUGCUUCUUUAGAGAAUUUGUACAUAAAACUACGGAUCUAGGAGGAUGCAUGACCUUUUGAAAGGCCUCCCCUAGGCUCUCGAUCAUACGCAUCCAUGCUUCUUGUUUGAUAUCUGAUUGUGGCCUGUUGAAAAAUUCCGGGACUGCAAACCAUGUCUUUGAUAUUCAUGCCUGCCAGGUUCUCUAGGAUGUAAGGGUGCGUUCAUCCAAUUUCUCCUUGAAAUCUAUAUAUCAAGCUCAUAAAUAUUGCCUCCUGUAAGGGAACACUUUCCUGUAUGUUCCUGUCUCGAUGACCCCAGUCCUGUCCUCUGACUUGCCCAAUUGCUGAAUUAAAUUUUCUGUAGAUGUUGAGAAAAGAAUCCUUUCAUGCGGGUCUCUAUAAUUUUGGCUUGAAUUAUGUGCCAUCCUACAAUUAGUAAAAGCAGUGUUCUCGUCUAGGUUCUCAAUUAAUUCUUUAUCAUGUGCAGCCGCAAGGAUACUUGCCAAGUUGGUUAAAAGCUCCCACAGUUUGGCUACUGAAGGUUCCAUGCAAGUGUCUAUAUAAUCAACACUUUCAGAGAGAGCAAUGACAGUUACAUUGACCUCUUUUAUAAUUCCUAUGGUGAUGGGAGUCGAUAAAAAGUGUGUGAUGCGAGAAGGUGAAUUAGAUGGGAGAUUGACUUGCUGGCAGAUGGAAAAAAUAUAACGCGAAUGAAAAUUUUAGCUUUUAUUCUGAUAUUCCUGAAACAAGUAAGUAAGUUUCCUCUGUUGUGUCUUUAAGUGAAAUCUUGGAGAUUAUGUAGGCGGUAGUUUAUGCUUACUAUCAUCGUCAUAUUGAUGAUAAAAUAAAAUUGUUAAUUGAUUGUUGUGUUUCUACUUCUGACUGAAUCGUACCAAUUUUAAUUUUCUUUAUUUUCUGAAAUACUUUCUCCUCGAAGAUUUUGUGAUUAUAUUAAUGCUUUGUAUUUUUCUUAUUUUUUUCUACCUUUAAAUCGCCCCCAGUGUUCCUAUGCUUCAGUUCUUUGUCCUUCCAAUUAAGAACACUCCCUGAUUGUGUUUCGAUGUUAACAUGCAGAGCAGUUCCAUCUGCGGUAUUCUCUCAGCCCCCUAUGGGGCAAGUAGGCCUCACUGAAGAGCAGGUACUCACUUUUUCAUUAAAUAUUGAUAGAUACUUUAUGAAAUCUACACAUAUUUACUUUGAAGAUUCUUUCCAUUUCAGGCAACCGAAGAAUAUGGGGACAUCGAUGUGUUCACAGCAAACUUCCGACCCCUUAAAGCCACUCUGUCGGGUCUGCCCGAUCGGGUAUUCAUGAAGAUCAUUGCAUGUGCAAAUACGAAUAGAGUUCUUGGGGUACACAUGUGUGGAGACGAUGCACCCGAGAUUGUGCAGGUUUCUUGGAAACUUUACCCUUUUCAUCGCUUUCUCUGUUCUGUGGUGACUUCUCUGAAGGAUAAACUUUACCCAUUUCUGCCUUUUCAGGGGGUUGCAAUCGCUGUGAAGGCCGGUCUUACAAAGGCAGACUUCGACGCCACAAUUGGCAUCCAUCCGACUGCGGCCGAAGAAUUUGUCACAAUGAGGAGUCCAACUCGCAAGAUUAGGAAACCAAGCUCCCCACUUGAUGAGGUGUCUGAUAUUCCUAUACCUUGCAGAAUCUACUGACUAUUUUCAUUUCUAUGCAUUUCUGAUUGUCAUUCCUCGAGGUUUCUCCCAACAGUAUAACUUGAUUCGGCCCUAUUAAAUCGUUUUCUUAUAUUUCUAUCCUCACUUCCUUUAACUUUAAGUCCCUUCUCACCCAAUGUCUAUCGCAGGACAAGACUAGUUCUGAUGUGAAAUCAGCCGCGAAAGUUUAG